GGGGCGGAGUUAUUUGGACCUGAGACCCGCCCAUAAUACUGCAGCGUCUCGGAAAGAAUCGUUCGGGGCGGAAGUUAAGAAUCCCCGAGAGCUAGGUGGCGGAAGUGGCCGCGUUCCUGCUUGUCCGUGCGCAUGCGUUAUUCUGUUUCUUAGCCGCCGCUCUUCAAGCGCUGUCUUUUCCUUUCUCCUCUCUUUUCCUCCACGCGAGGGGGUGCGCGUACCCUUAGUUGUCGUGGUCGCGCGCUCAGCCCCUCCGCUAUUUUCGUGGCCCCCUCACCAUGGCGGGCAUCCUGUUUGAGGAUAUUUUUGAUGUAAAAGACAUUGACCCGGAGGGCAAAAAGUUUGACCGAGUGUCUCGACUGCAUUGUGAGAGUGAAUCUUUCAAGAUGGACCUCAUAUUAGAUGUAAACAUUCAGAUUUACCCUGUAGACUUGGGUGACAAGUUCCGGUUGGUCAUAGCCAGUACUUUGUAUGAAGAUGGUACUCUGGAUGAUGGUGAAUACAACCCUACAGAUGAUAGGCCUUCCAGGGCUGACCAAUUUGAGUAUGUAAUGUAUGGGAAAGUGUACAGGAUUGAGGGAGAUGAAACUUCUACUGAAGCAGCAACACGCCUCUCUGCCUACGUGUCCUAUGGGGGCCUGCUCAUGAGGCUGCAGGGUGAUGCCAACAAUCUGCAUGGAUUUGAAGUGGAUUCCCGAGUUUAUCUGCUGAUGAAGAAACUGGCCUUCUGAACCACCCAGGGAGCCAGCCUUGCUGCUUAGUCACUCAGGUCAUGGACGUUCGUUCAAGCCCGAGUGGCAGUUGCUGUUGUUCACCUGUUCAGGAGGGGCUGGCUCUCUGUCCACUGUGGGUGCAUCUUUAGGAGGUCUGGACUCAAUGGGAAACUGACUUGCCUGCAAAAGACCCAGUGGGAGAGCUUAAAAUGAAUCAGAAGUUGUUUUAUGUAUAUGAUUUUUUAAAUUAAACUUUACUUUUUCAGA